AUGUUUGAGGAAGGCCUGAUGGGUUCGUGUGCGGAUGCUGUUGCGGUCAAUGAACCAGUCCAUCAACCUGCUUUCGAGCAGCAGCAGCAGCAGCAGCACUCUUCCUGCAUGGAGUUCGUCGAGAAUUUGGUUGCUGAUGACCGCCUACCUUGUUUGGAAAACGGCGAGACCUCCGCCGCGGCUCCUGAUUUGAAUCCCACCGCUGUGCUGGAUUGCUCUCUGGGACCGGCUCAAAAUGAUAAUGCUGCUACUAGCGUAACCCCUGCCCACGCUUUAGCUACUACAUCUGUUGAAGAUGGAGUUGCGGUAAUAGAGGCCGGGAAUGAUAGUGCGGUCGGUUUGAACGCAGGAAAUUUGAUAUGUCAGGUUAGUGAGCAUUCUUUGAGUAUGAUUCAUGGGGGUUAUGUGCAGUAUAAUUAUAAUGGGGAUACUGAUGGAUUAUGUUGUGGUAAGGUGGAGAAUGAUGGAUGGCUUAAUGAUGAGCACAAAGGAAUGAGGGAUGAAAACGGUGGUAGUGUUGAGAUGGGUGUGGAGGAGGAAAUAGAUUCUUUCUUUGCAACUGAGUUUGAUAAUCAGCAAGACCUGCUUCCUCCACUGGGUCCUGAAAUGCAUGCCGAAGUGAAUUGUUUAUCUAGAGAAUGGAGUUAUGUAGAGAACAAACAGAUUCCUUCUACUAAUGAGGUUUUGUGUGUUACCGACGAGGAACAUGUUGAUUCAGUAGGUGGGGGCAGUGAUACGGAAAGGCAAAAUUUGAGUUCACUACCAUUUGAAACUGCAGGGUGCAUACCUCCUACUUGUAUUCAACAGGAUAUCCAGAAUGAUGAUCUGUCUGUUACUUCUUCCUCCUUCAAAGCAUUGCCAGAGGUUGUCGACAAGACAGAUGAUGCCUUACACAGGCUGGAGACUACUACUAGUGGCCAGUUGUCUUCGCAGCGUUGUGUGGAGUUGUCUAAGUUUAUCUUAACAAUUGAUUCAGUGCAAAAAGUUGCUCACAAGAAUGAUAAUGAGCCUGCUGCUUCUUCCGUUGUAGAAGGUGCUGAAGAAAUCAAGGAACACGAACAUGAACCUUUGGGGGCUGCUGGAAGUGUUUUAGAGGGCCGAUUGUCUUCUUCAGUUGAGGGCAGAAUAUGCACAGCAAAAGUUCCAUCGUCAACUGAGUGUCCUCAACAAAAUGAGCCGGACAACUGGACUAUCAGUGGUUUAACAUCAGAAAAGAUUGGGGAUGGAGAAAGUGAUGCUUCUGCAGACACAGAAGUCGAUAUAGGCACCUGGAUAUCACCACAUGGUGAUGAGUCUCCCCCAAGAACACUAAGCAAUAGUGGUCCUAUGAUUGGUUCUGAGAAGAAUAUUAAUCAGGAAUAUGACAAAGCUGAUACUUCUCUUGUAAAUAUUGACACAAAGGGUGAAAAAGUUUGUCGAUUUCUCCAAGUAUUGCCUUCACUAGCUUGCAAAAAGACCUUGGAGUACUUACCUACAGCUGCUUCACUCAGCAAUUGUACUCAACAGAAUGGGAAAAUGAAUGGAAGAAAUGUAGACAGUUCUUCUGCAGAAAGCACUUCAGAAAUUUUGGAGGAGAGAAUUGAUACUUCAACUGCUAAGGCUGAAUUUGUUCAUCAGACAAUGUGUGUGGAAGGAAAUAACUGCUAUCUUCCGGAUGGAAUCCCUAAAAUUGCCACCACUGUAUCUAUUGAGAAAUUUGCUUGUCCUGAGUCUUGCCAGCCCUGUGACAUUGCAGAGAGUGGAUUUUCUAAUCGAGUGGAGGGUCCACAUCCUUGUGCGACGGACAAUUUCUGUUCCAUGGAAUCUGGCAGCACAGAUGCAUGUAAUGAACAGACAGAAAAUGAGGGUAAAAACCAGCGCAGAACUGAUUAUAUUUUAAAGAACAAAUGCCUGCGCACUCAGUCUGAUCCUCCACGAAACAGCCGAGCUGGCAGAUCAAGUCGAAAGACUCGGACCACAAAGACUAAGAACAAGGGAAGGAGAAUAGCUCAAGUAAUGGACUUCAAGAAAAGGAAAAGAAGCUUCCUACCCAAACGGACUCGAGCUUGUGAAUGGGGAUCACUGGGGAAAGUCAUGGAGUAUUUCAAGGUGAUUGAUGAGCUUGGAGAUGGUGAAACUGGGAAUUUGAAAUCACUAAAAGAAAGGGCGGGUCAAGCAAGUCGAAAGCAAAACAAGAAUAGAGCUCAAGGAAGCUUGCGCGAAUCCGGUGUAGGAAGCUAUACUUUGACUACUCGCAUUCGUUUGAAAGUUAAAGUGGGCAAAGAGGUUAGUCAAGCAACUUUGAACAACAUUGUUCAUAAGGCAGAGGUAGUUAACAUGGCAGUACCCAUGGAUGCUGGUACUGAUGUCCUUGUAACCAAGUCCUAUCAGCAAGUCACCUCUGACGUCUCGAAGAUCAAUGUUGAUAGAGAUGAAGUUGUGCAACAGACUCUUCCUGGCACGCAAUUGGAGAAGUUUCCAGCAGAUUUUGAUGCUUCGGUUGCAGAUGCAUAUUAUUCAAACAAUCAGCUCGAGUGCUCUCUAUUUAAUAAGAAGUCAACUGAAGAUGUGGCAGGGGAUUAUCUUCAGGAUCAUGCUCAUAUAGGGGUUGGCUUUGAAGCAUCUAGAGAGAGGACUUGUGCUAGUUUAGGAAAUUCACCAGAAUCAGAAGUCAUAAAUCUAGUACCUGAGAUUCAGGUUGGAGCACAAUGUUUGCAAGAUACGCCGCCUGAUUGUGGUUUGGCAAGUUUAAAAAUGAUAGCUCCUUCUGGGCCUCUUCCCGAAAACAGUAAGGGCAAGAAGAGUAAAUCAGUUGCUGCAGGAAGCACAAACAAAGAAGUUAAAUCAGCCAAGAAGAAAGGUGUUAGGCAGACAAAGAUAGAGAAAUCUUAUAAUGGUGGUGUGCUGACUUCUUCAGUGAUAGAGAGAACGUCAGGCAACUCAUCAAGCAACAAGGAAGCUUCUGUUGAGCAAUUACCUUCAUCAGAAGAAACUGAGUUGACAGUCUUUAGAGAAGCCAGCGAUAUGGAUUUUAGUUUGCCCCAGUCACAGGCGUCCAAGGAUAUGCUUCCUUCAACUAAAGCUAAGGGGAGUGGAAGUCCAAAUACUUUGGACGGAUCUACGAAGGGAAGGUCUAAAAAUUCAUCUUCGGGGAAAAGUAGAAGGUCAAGCAGUUGUAAACAGAAGGUAAAUGAGAAGGGGACUGUUAGCGAUGUUGAUGCAACUGCUCGUGAUCCUGAUGUUAAUGGAGUGGAAGGUGGUUUGGGAAAAGUUGUUGAUGAUUCGGGCGCGUCAUUGGAUACUGUACCGAAGCAGCAUUUGCCUGUCGAUAGUGCUUGGGCGCACUGUGAUGAUUGUCAUAAAUGGAGACGUAUUCCAGUUGAACUGGUGCAGAUGAUUGGACAAAAUGACCGUAGAUGGACAUGCAAGGACAACGUGGAAAAAAUUUAUGCAGAUUGCUCCAUUCCCCAGGAAAAGUCCAAUUCAGAAAUUAAUGCAGAGUUGGGAAUAUCAGACGGAGAUGAAGAUGCCUUCGAUAUCCCUGUGAACAAUAAAGGGAUAGAGAAUAGACAAAUAGUUUCCAAGGAGCAUGAAUUUACACGGAUUUCUACUAAUCAGUUUCUGCACCGUCGUCGUAAGACUCAAAACAUUGAUGAGGUUAUGGUUUGCCAUUGUCGACCACCAGUAGAUGGCACGCUGGGAUGUGGAGAUGAAUGCUUGAAUCGUAUGCUCAACAUUGAAUGUGUUCACGGCACCUGCCCUUGUGGGGACCUCUGUUCAAAUCAACAGUUCCAAAAGCAAACUUAUGCCAAGAUGAAGUGGGAUCGAUGUGGCAAGAAAGGUUUUGGACUGCGAAUGCAAGAGGAUAUUUCGAAAGGGCAUUUUCUUAUAGAAUACGUUGGAGAGGUGCUUGAUAUGCGAGCUUACGAAGCACGACAAAAGGACUAUGCAGCCAAGGGUCAUAAGCAUUUCUACUUUAUGACAUUAGAUGGCAGUGAGGUAAUCGAUGCGUGUGCCAAAGGGAACUUGGGACGUUUCAUUAACCACAGCUGUGAUCCUAAUUGUCGUACUGAAAAGUGGGUUGUCAAUGGAGAAAUUUGUAUUGGGCUGUUUGCACUGAGGAAUAUUAAGAAGGAUGAGGAGUUGACAUUUGACUACAACUAUGUAAGGGUUUUUGGGGCAGCUGCCAAGAAAUGCUAUUGCAGUUCGGCUCAAUGCCGUGGUUACAUUGGCGGUGAUCCAACUAACUAUGAAGUGAUUGAUCAAGUUGAUUCAGAUGAAGAAUUUCCUGAACCUGUGAUGUUUGAUGACCGAGGAAAAGCUUUGAUAAAAGCACGGUCUUCUGCACAAACACAGAUUACGGAGAGUGUUUCAACAGAAAGGUAUAAAUUGGAUGAGGAAGUGGAAUCUCUCGGAAAAUGCAUGGUCUCACCAAACGUCAGUGCUUCUAUGAGUAAAUCUCCUGAUAUCUCUCAUGCUCGUGGUUCUUUGGAAAUGACUGAUAUAAAUGCAAAAGACCCUCGUCCAUCAAUGGAAAUCUCUUGCCAAGCUGAACAGAUAAUGAGCAACCCCUCCUUUGAUAUUGAGAAAGAUAUUUCAAUGGAGGAACCUGUUGACAGAAGCUCUAGUUGUACGCAGAUAUCGGAGAAAUCUACUAUCCCAACACCUGUCAAACCAUCAAGUGAUGAUACUGUCGUUAAUAAGAAGUCAAAAUCUGCCUCUGAAGAGAAGCGGGUUUUUGUAAAGUCCCGUUUUCUAUUCAAAAGUCAAUCUGGAUCCACUAAGAAAGGGAAGCUUAACGGUAGUCCUCAAAUUGUAAAUAAAUCUCAGACGGGGACCAACAAGCUUCAAGUGCAACCUCUAAAGGUUAAAAAAGGCAUAGAAGGUGUUCCUAAUGGUCGUCUUGAGACAGUCGAGGAGAAACUUAAUGAACUGUUAGAUGCCGAGGGUGGCAUAACAAAGCGAAAAGAUGCAGCUAAAGGCUAUCUGAAGCUUCUGCUUCUUACUGCUGCUUCGGGUGCUGGUGUAAAUGGUGAAGGAAUCCAAAGUAAUCGAGAUCUCUCCAUGAUCCUUGAUGCAAUUUUGAAAACCAAAUCCCGGGCAGUCUUAAUUGAUAUAAUUAACAAAAAUGGUCUGCAGAUGCUUCAUAAUAUAAUGAAGAGGUAUAGACGAGACUUUAAGAAGAUUCCAAUUGUCCGUAAACUUCUAAAGGUUAUAGAGUAUUUGGCGGUCAGGGAGAUACUUACAACCGAGCAUAUAUAUGGCGGGCCUCCACGGGUGGGCAUGGAGAGUUUUCGGGAAUCAAUGUUGUCCCUGACAGAGCACGAUGAUAAGCAGGUACAUCAAAUUGCACGGAGCUUUAGGGAUAAAUGGUUUCCUCGACAAAGGUACGAGUUUAGGUCAAGCUGUCCAGAUAAGGAUGAGGGGAGGAAGGAAUUCCACAGGGUAUCGAGCGGCCAUAGGCCACCAUCAAUAGUACACAGUUAUCGAAGACAUGCUCAGUGUGCUAGAUCCACAGAAGCCAUAGAUUGUGUUGGCCAAUCAAAGGUCUCAACAACUUCAUCAGACAGUGCUGUUGUGCUUUCAGAGGUUCCAUUGAGUUCGGUUGAAAGAAGUGUGAAUGAAGGCUCUUCUGCUCCUUGUACUACUGAAGUCAAUCAAAGGACCCGCAAGCGGAAAAGCAGGUGGGACCAACCAGCUCCGAGUAAGCAUGAUUUUCAGAAGAAGCCAGAGGAAUUUGAGAAUUUGAGGAAAGUUGAAGACAGUUGCUAUCAGCAAGGUGAAGCCAGUGAUGCUGUUGAUGUUCCACCCGGAUUCUCAUCUAAUCCUGUGGUUUCCUCUGUGGAAUCUUCUGUUAACUGUCAGCAAAGUGAAGCUAGUGAUGCUGUUGAUGUUCCACCAGGGUUCUCAUCUAAUCCUGUGGUUUCCUCUGUGGAAUCUUCUGAUAACAGCUUGCUCGAUGUCGCUGAUAUUCUCCCAAAACAUAGUACUUGUCUUCUGAACUAUCCACUGAAUGAAGUUGUCGGAAAUCUGCAGAAGAAAUUCGACUCUUGCUUGCCUGUCUCGUAUGGAAUUCCCUGGCAUAUUAUGCAGCAAUUUGGGUCACCUCGGGAUGAAACUGGAAGUAGUUGGGUUGUUGCUCCAGGGAUACCGUUCCAUCCAUUUCCACCCUUACCCCCUGCUCCUUACCCUAAGAAGGAAGCCCAAGAUUGUCUUGCUACAAAUCACCAGGAACUUGUCAGCCGCCAUUCUGGUGGCUGUCCAGUUGAAAAUAUUGUUGCGGGCACAGCUGGUUGUAGCAAUGUUGACACUGUGAUUCCUUCUGGAACUGGGACACAUGCGUUCAAUCGCCCAAAGGGCGGUUCGUAUGGUCUGGGGAGGAAGUACUUUAAGCAACGGAAGUGGAACAAAAGGUCCCAGUGGAAUUCGAGGAAUGAAGGGUCGGUACAUAAUGGGAACAAUACGAGAAAUGGGGUGGUUUGGAGCUCCGAUAUGGGAGGAAGCACGACUCAACACGAGCACACAAAUUCUUCAUUUAGCUCAUCCACAGGUUGUAACCAGUAG